AGAUGAUGCCCUCCCCUCACCAAAUUUCUACCACUGAGAUGGUGACACUUCUUCAGAACUCCAAUUUCGAGGCGGCGUGUGCAGCUUGCUUUAAACCAUCUGUAAUUCAGUGAGUUUCAUCGCAGGCUUCCAGCAAGUAAACCGGAUGUUCGCGCUUGUCAGCAGGUGAAACGGCGCAUAUGAUGAUCUUGUAGUUAGGCUAUUUCUAAUAAAGACGAACCAUUUGUAAGAGCUGUCUAAUUGUGAGUAAAUCUCUAGUUGUCCACUCGGAACUUCUACACUAAAACUUAUUUAUAUGUGCGCAUUCCUGGUGCCAAACUCGCAAUUCCAGCGGCUGCUGGUGAUGCCAUGCCGCGCAACCACAGCGGCGAUGAAGUCUGUUCUGCGCUCUGGAUGAAACCCUCCCCAGGGCGCCGCACACAGAAUUAUGGACUCAAAGAUGUUGAAUCUGGUCGUGGGGCGAUGAACAACGCGGGCAGACCAGUGGACGGUUUGCUGUCGGCUGGAUGCGGCUCCAUGCCUGGCACAACAGGUGCAUCAGGAAUAGAGAACCUGAGACGAAAGCAAGGCGCCCGCCUGAGUCUGCUUGGAAGACCGCUCACUUACAGCACGCAAAGCGGACGGAGAAAUGCGCGUUACAGGAAGCUCCAGAACUACCUCUACAAUGUCCUGGAGAGACCACGGGCCUGGGCAUUCGUGUACCAUGCGUUUGUUUUCAUCCUGGUGUUUGGCUGUCUGGUCCUGUCUGUGUUCUCCACCAUCCCAGCCCACAUGGAUGUGUCCAACCACUGCCUGUUCAUACUGGAGUUUGUCAUGAUCGUUGUGUUUGGUCUGGAGUACAUCAUUCGCAUCUGGUCUGCUGGAUGCUGCUGUCGCUACAGAGGAUGGCAGGGUCGGCUUCGCUUUGCCAGAAAACCAUUCUGUGUUAUAGACAUCAUCGUGCUCAUCGCGUCCAUCGCCGUGGUGUCGGCCGGUAGCCAGGGCAACAUCUUCGCCACGUCCGCCCUGCGCAGCCUCCGCUUCUUACAGAUCCUGAGGAUGGUGCGCAUGGACAGACGGGGGGGCACCUGGAAACUGCUGGGAUCUGUAGUCUACGCUCACAGCAAGGAGCUGGUGACUGCCUGGUACAUUGGAUUUCUGGUACUGAUCUUCUCCUCGUUCCUGGUUUACUUGGUGGAAAAGGAGUUUAACAAGCAGUUUGCCACCUAUGCUGACGCCCUCUGGUGGGGAACGAUCACCCUCACCACCAUCGGCUACGGGGACAAGACUCCACAGACGUGGCCGGGCCGGCUGCUCUCGGCGGGGUUCGCCCUCCUCGGUAUCUCCUUCUUCGCCCUGCCCGCGGGAAUUCUAGGCUCUGGCUUUGCUCUAAAGGUACAAGAGCAGCACAGACAGAAACAUUUUGAGAAGAGAAGAAACCCAGCUGCCAGCCUAAUACAGUGUGUUUGGCGUAGUUAUGCGGCUGAUGAGAACUCGGUUUCCAUUGCUACCUGGAAGCCUCAUUUGAAGGCGUUGCAUACCUGCAGCCCUACAAAGAGAGACCAGAGCGAAUCUGCCACCAGUAAGGGUCAUAGUAGUAGGCAGAAGCUCUUCAGGAGGUAUACCACAAGGAAAUAUAGUCAUAAGCUGAGUUUUAGGGAGCGCGUGCGCAUGGCCAGCCCUCGUGGUCAGAGCAUUAAGAGCAGGCAAACCUCACUGAAUGACCGCCGCUCCCCCGGCACCGAGGCAGCCACGGAGGGGAGCAGCCCGGCCAAGGUGCAGAAGAGCUGGAGCUUUAACGACCGGACACGCUUCCGCCCCUCCCUCCGGCUCAAAAGCCAAUCACGGACCGUGCCUGAAGCUGACAGUCUGGGAGGAGAUGACUGUUUUGAUGAGAAGGGCUGUCACUGCGAUAUCUCGGUGGAAGAUCUGUCUGCUCCUCUGAAGACAGUCAUCAGAGCUGUCAGGAUAAUGAAGUUCCAUGUGGCCAAGAAGAAGUUUAAGGAGACCCUUCGGCCGUAUGAUGUGAAAGAUGUGAUUGAGCAGUACUCGGCCGGACACUUGGACAUGCUGUGCCGCAUUAAGAAUCUCCAGACCAGGGUGGAUCAGAUCUUGGGGAAAGGACAAAUACCAAUGGACAGGAAGAUGAGGGACAGGAUCCUCCCAGAAGGGGAGGCUCUGGAGCAUGACGUGAGCAUGCUGGGCCGUGUGUGUAAGGUAGAAAAACAGGUGCAGUCCAUUGAGUCAAAGCUGGACUCAUUGCUGGAUAUCUACCGCCAGGUUCUCCAGAAAGGUUCUUCCUCAGUGCUGAGCCUAUCAGCUCUUCCUCUAUUUGAGCUGGAGCAGACCUCUGACUAUCGCAGUUCCAUUCAGAGUAAGGAUCUGUCCUGUUCUACAAAGCCCACAGGCAGUGAGCUUUCCUGCUCUGCCAGUGCUAACCUGCCACACGGCCUACAGCUUGUCCUGGCCCCCAGCGAACUCAACCUGGGCAGUAGCUACCCAACCUCCACCUCCUCAUUUUCACCUUCUCCACUGCUCCAGAACAGACCUUCUAGCCCGGACAGCUUCUACCCAGCUUCUCCCCCGCCCAUACUAACCCCCAACAACCUUUCCCGAGGUCAUCCCAGCUUCCCAGAGCUGAGCAGGACUCUUCCUGCCACCGUCCCCAACACGCACACCCUCCAGCUGCCCCCCAUGACCCCGCUGCCUCCAAGCAGGCCUUCAAGUCUGAUCUCAGAGACACUGCAGGAAAGCAGGGUGGAGAGCCCUGGCACCUGUCUGCUGAACACCCAGACUGAAGCUGUUUCUGACAGACAGGCGAAGUGUUCUCAGAGCAGGGUGCAGCUAAGGAGCAGAGCAGAGCGGAGUCCCAAAGAAGAGGGCUCCUGGAGGAGACACUUGAGUCUUGAAAUUAAUCCACUGGGGGUCAUGUCUUCAACAGCCACCAACCCACUGCAGGCAGAACGGGGGCUGGGGAAGUCUCUCUCCGCUCAAAACCUCAUGCUGCCAUCUGGUGGGGACUGUCACCCCAACCUGUCUGCUCGGAGUAGUGGCAGCAGCAACAACGAGUCCAAUGACCGGGAAACCCUGGCUGACUGGGGCGAGGCAGAACUCUUCAUCAAUGACGAGGAACUGGCCACCAGUGAGGUCAACAUCAACCUCCUCCCCCAGCAGAGCACGGAUGCUAACUUCUCCUCUGAGCUUGUACAAACGGGAGCCGGGCAAGCUUAUAAAUAGGCUGAGCCCACAGGCAGCUCAGAGUCCCUGAGCCUGUCUUAUGUUCGCCUAAAGUGACCCCAACACACAGUGGCCUCACUGUGGAGACUGGACAUCACCUCUAUUCCCUUAUGUGCUUUUUCCCCCCAAAGGAAUGGGUGUGCCAGCUUCACACCCUUUGUUUUCUAAGCAGUGUCAUUCGGUGAAAAGACAUUGUUUUUCUCAUAACUUUAUGUUCAUACAUUUCAUUGCAUGGGUAAGUUGUCAGAAGGGAUCAUUUAGUAAGAAAAAGGUCAAUUGCAUUAAAAAUCAAAUGAAAGAUUAUGGUACUGAAUGAGUUUGAUCUCAGUCUUGCAUGGGCACUGCAUGUUUAAAACGCAACAGCACAGAUUGAGAGUAUUUAUGCAUUUAUGAUUAUUAAACCCCUACGCAGUCUUAGAAUUCAGUCUGUUCUUUAUACUCUAUUCAUAAAUGUAUUGUCUUACUUAGCCAACAAAUCAAAUCUUUUACCAGUGUUGGUAACAGGCACUGUGCAUAUCUGUGACUGCCUAUAAUGUUUUGUUCAGAAGAGCUUAAAUUCUCCCAAGGAUACACUAUUAAUCCCCCUGAGUGGUUGGGCUCUUGUAUUCUUCACUACACAAAGAAAUUAAAUACCUUAAG